AUAAAUGUGCGCCCCAGGGAGCGCCGGCAGGGAGCCCGAGGAGACCAUGGUUCCUCGGCGCCUCCUGUUGGUCGGGGAAGGGAAUUUCUCCUUUACAGCUUCUCUGAUCAACACCCUGGAUCCCGGCGUCAGUAUUACCGCUACCUGCCUUCAGCACCCGGCCGACCUGGUGGAGGACCCGGUGACCCAGGAGAACCUACAGCGCCUGCGCGAGCGAGGUAUCGAAGUCUGUUUUGGUGUGGAUUGCACCCAGCUGGCACACGCCUUGCAAGCACACGACAGAGACUUUGAUGGAAUUUAUUUCAACUUUCCGCACUGUGGACGAAAAGCUGGAGUCGCUAAGAACAGGGAACUGCUUGCCAAGUUUUUCCAGAGCUGUGCUGAUGUUCUUGCAAAGGAAGGAGAGGUCCACGUGGCACUGUGCAGAGGACAAGGUGGAACUCCUGCUGAUAAGCCCCAGAGAGAGUGGCACAACAGUUGGCAAGUGGUUGCCAUGGCAGCCUUGGGAGGGUUCAUUUUAAGUGAUGUGUAUCCCUUCAACUGUGAGGCUGUGCCAGGAUACAAAUGUACUGGAUAUAGGAGUCAGGCUAAGUCAUUUCAUGUAGAAGGUGCUUUGAACCAUGUCUUCACCCAGAGCUUGCCCUUUGAAGGCUCUCAGCCCAGAACAUUCAGAGUCAGACUGGAAGACCAGUGGUUUUCCUUUACAGAACCGGAAGCACUUGCAGGGAAGUUGAACAGGCGGUUUCUUGAAGCAUCCUCCUGUCAUCCUAUCAAAACCGUCAACGAGAAACUCAUUGCUGAGUUGGGCAAAAAUUUUCCUUUGAAAAGGCUGAAGUGCUCCCUCCCUCUGUCAUCACAGGGAGGCACCAGUGUCCUCCCUCCAGAGACCGGCCACCUUCUGCCUGCCUUUUGGAUUAGUCUCCAUGAAGAUAACUCAGAUUCUGAGUCCCUGACUGGUGAAAUAACACAAGACAUGGAAGGUGUCCUGUCGUUUUCAGGACAUGCCCUUCCUAAGAGUCCUGGGAGAGAUGGCUGCAGAGCAGCUCACGAGGGGGUCCGUGAACAGGCCAAGCUCUGCCUUAGAUCUUCUCUUCUAGUUCACGCUGAAGCUGUCAUCCAUUCGCCGGACUUCCUCCCAGGUUCUCUGCACAUCCUCAGUGGGCCUGUCUUUCGGAAGUGCCACAUUUUACCUUUCACGAUGCCAGCAUUUCACGAGACUUUGUUUAUCCUUGGAUUAAAUACAAAUGGGAAGGAUAGCUGCCUUAUGUCACUGCUGGGUCACCUGAAGGAGAGUCUAGAUAACCUUCUGACUCAGACGUUGCUGGAAGGCUCCAAUUUGAGCACUUCAGUGGAGUUUGUCCUUCAACCAAAUGGAAAGGAUUAUAUAAUUCAUGUGCAGUCCUUUAAUUUGGGCCCAGAUGGUACCGAGAAUCUGAUUAUUGGGACUAUUGUCACAUCUACAACUGUUACACACCAGUGUUUUGUGUUUGUUUCUAUAAACUUGGACUUAUUAGCCAUGCUUGUCUAUGAUAUUUCUGAUUGGAGAAUAUUGUGGACUUUUGAUAACCGUUUCCUGAAAAGAUUUGCCCCUGGGAAAAUAGAACGCUUUAAAAGCUAUUCCUUGUAUCCUCCACGCUAUGUGCAUGAUAUUAGUUUUUGGUUAGAUGAAAAGAAAGGAUUUGAUGAGCUAGAGUUUCACACUGUAGCCCGAGCAGUGUCCCAGGACACUAUUAUUUCCAUACAGUUCCUUGGUCGUUUUCAGCAUCCAGAUACUGAACAGGUCAGUCUCUGCUACAGAUUGACCUAUCAAGCUUGUGAUAAGGCACUCAGCCCCCAGCUAGCAGCAGCAAUGCAGUCCCGGUUUAGGAACGAGAUUCAAAGACAGCUACAUGUUUCACUGCGGUAGGCUAGGAAAGUCUUGUCUAGUCCUUUCCACAGUCGGACCCCUCAUUGUCUGUUGAAUGUGAGAGAAAAAGAACAACUUGGAACUGUUA